UUAGUCUACAAAAUACUCUCAAUGAAACCUUUGCCUUCUGAAAUCCUUAGACACAACACAUCGACAUGUGCGUUGUUCCUGCCAGAUGAACUUCCCAUUUUACCAAAGGAACUACAGUACGAACUGAUUUGCGAAGAAGCAUCGGAAAGAUUACCCGUAGUUGCCGUCGAUUCGAAAGUCCUUCGCUACUACUUGCUGUACAGAAUUCACGAGAAACUCGGGAACAAGCACCAAAUGAAGGUCUCGCUUGCUUUUCUGGGCGGCACCAUGGGAUAUGACCCAAAAUUGUGUCAUCUUGACACUGCAAAUAACCUGAUGGGUUGUAUCUUUAGAGAAAUGGGUGAAACUACUGGAGCUCUUGAAUGCUUUGUCAAGUCUCUUAAAAAGAAUUCGAAAAGAACUGUUGCCAUAUGGCAUAUACUGAUAACUUGUUUUGAUUCUUACAUCAAGUUAGGUCUUGACAAAGCUUAUAUGCAAUCAAGCUGAAACAGAUCGAUCCAAUAUCAGUUCGAUAUCAUGUAGGGUUCGGUUGACCUUUGCGGAAGCAAAAACAAGUGGAUGGUACUGAAAAGGGUGCAUUAUUGUCGUACCUUUGUCUACAAACUCGACUUAGGGGAAAAGGUGCAUAAGUGUUGAAAGCUAAAUAUCACAUGAAUAAGAUCAGUAUAAAUUAAACCAGGAACAGUUGACGGAAUCUCUCGUUAUUGAUGUUUGUUCUUCUUAUUAUUAUGGAAAUGGACGCUAUAUUCCUAUUAUUUUAUCAACUCUGUACGUUAUACACAUAGUAAUCCCAAAUGUGGAUCUGUAUUCAACCGUACAUAUAUACUUGUCAAGUUGCUGGAAGAAUGGUAGAAGCCCAGAGUAGCCUGUCCAGCAAACAAAAUAUCGGGUUAGGACGUUGUUUAAUGAAUUGUCAUUAAAUCUGAAGGCAAUCUGCAAAACGAACAUC